AUGCAGCAGCAGCAGGCUGAAGGUGGCCUCCAGUCUGGUCUAGAGAAGCCUCAGUUUCCCCAGUCCGGCUCCCGCGACUCCCAGCCGCAGCCCUUGAAUGCUUCUCCUGCCGCCAUCUCUCCAGCCACCGUCCCCCUGCCCACAAUCUCUCUUUCCAGUGCCAUGGCUAGCGACCAGGCCGUCGAGACUUCGACCACGACACUCUUCAAGCCCGAGACGGCCGAGGAGAUGGAGCGCCAGCGUAUCGCCGACUCCCAGUUUGGCCCCCUCAACAGCGCGUCCCACCUCUACACUUCCAAGUCACACGGCGAGCCCCUCGAGGCUCCCAUCGAGGACGAGCCUCCGUACUACUACCUGCUCACCACCUACAUCAGCUACCUGAUCCUCAUCCUGCUUGGCCAUAUUCGUGACUUCUUUGGCAAGCGUUUUGGAGACAAGAAGUUGUAUCAGGCUCUCAAGGUGCAGAAUGGCUACGCUCCCCUCAACGAUGACUUUGACAACUUUUACACGCGCCGUUUGAAGCGCCGUCUCGAUGACUGCUUUGCCCGUACCACCAUUGGCGUCCCUGGUCGCUACAUUACCCUCAUGGACCGCAUCUCGCACGACUUUAAUCUGUCCUACCAGUACACCGGCACCCACACCGAGACCUUGAACAUGAGCUCCUACAACUACCUUGGUUUCGCCCAGUCCAGCGGCCCCUGCGCCGAUGCCGUCGAGGAGUGCGUCAAGCGCUACGGCAUCAGCUUCUGCAGCCCCAGAGCCGAUGCAGGCACCACGGAGCUUGCCCUCGAAGUUGAGCGCGAGAUUGCUUCCUUUGUCGGCAAGCCUUCUGCCAUGGUCUUUUCCAUGGGCUACGUUACCAAUGCCAGCUCUUUCCCUGCCCUCGUUAGCAAGGGCUGCCUCAUCAUUUCCGAUGAACUGAACCACGCGUCCAUUCGUAUCGGUGCUCGUCUCUCGGGUGCUGUCAUUCAGUCUUUCCGCCACAACGACAGUCACGACCUGGAGCGUGUCCUUAGAGAGGCCAUUUCGCAGGGACAACCCCGCACUCACCGACCGUGGAAGAAGAUUCUGGUCGUCGUCGAAGGCCUCUACUCGAUGGAGGGCACCAUGUGUGAUCUGCCCGGUAUUCUCGCUCUCAAGCGCAAGUACAAGUUUUACCUCUUUGUCGACGAGGCUCACUCGAUUGGUGCUCUCGGACCCAACGGACGCGGUGUCUGCGACUACUUUGGUAUUGACCCUGCUGAGGUGGAUAUCCUCAUGGGAACCUUGACCAAGUCUUUUGGCGCCAACGGUGGCUACAUUGCCGCCGACAAGGCCAUCAUUGAAAAGCUGCGGGCCACCAAUGCCUCUACGCAACUGGGCGAGUCUCCCGCCCCUUGCGUUCUCCAGCAGAUUCUGGUCUCCCUCAAGCUCAUCACUGGCGAGGUCUGCCCUGGCCAGGGUGAAGAGCGGCUCCGCCGUAUUGCCUUUAACUCUCGAUACCUUCGCCUCGGACUCAAGCGCCUGGGCUUCAUUGUGUAUGGUCACGACGAUUCGCCCAUCAUUCCUGUUUUGCUGUACCACCCCGGAAAGAUGCCUGCUUUUAGCCACGAAAUGCUGAAGCGCAAGGUGUCGGUCGUCGUGGUCGGGUAUCCUGCCACUCCUUUGAUCAGCUCGCGCGCUCGUUUCUGCGUUUCUUCAGCGCACAAUAAGGAGGACAUGGACCGACUUCUGAUUGCCUGCGAGGAGGUGGGCGAACUGCUGCAGCUAAGGAUUUCGACUGGUGUUGCGGGUGGUCUUCCUCACUUGCCCAAGAGCCUUCCCGCCAUGACACACAAGCAAGAGAGUGAAUGGCGUGCCGCCAAUGGCAUCCCUGUGAACCCUCCGCGAUGGCAGGUCGAGGAUGUCAUUCGUCAUGGUGUCGAGGACACCAAACGCCCGCUCCGAUAA